AUGAAGCCAACACACGACGCCGUCGUCGUAGGCGCCGGUCCCGGGGGCAUGUCUACCGUAGCGGCCUUGCUCGACGCGGGAGCUCAAAAGAUCCUCUGGGUCGACCCAGCCUGGCAAGGAGGACGAUUGAACAGCCUGUACCGGGAGAUUUCGUCAAACACGACCGUCGCAAUCUACCUGAAAGCCCUCAACUCCUCCCGAACCCUGCGCUCAAUCAUCGACUCCACCCCGUCCCCCAAUGCAGUCACAGCCCUCGAAGCCAUGGACCCCAAUUCCACCUGCCAUCUCAGCAUCGCCGGUGAAAUGAUCUGCAUGCUGAUCGAGGGGUUGCUCGCUCGCCCAGAGGUCGAGAAACUGACUGCUACAGUCGAGGAAGCGCAUCUUGAAAAGAACAUCUGGACCCUAACGACCACACCCCCCUCACCCAACCCGAUUACAACCGCCCGCACGAUCCUCAGCACCGGCGCCCACCCGCGCACCCCCACCACCCAUCAAAAAUAUAACCCCAACCUCCACCAACUGGACCUAGACACCUGCAUGCGCCGCUCCCUCCUCCCCAACCUCCUCCCCCGCAACCAACCCUCCACCAUCGCCGUAAUUGGCAACUCCCACUCCGGCAUCCUCGUCGUGCGUAACCUCUACGAGCUCGCGCAGUCGAGCCCCAACCAACACGCCAUCAAAAUCCUCAACUUCCACCGCCGCCCCAUCAGAUACGCCAUCUACACCGACGAAGGGAUCAUCUUCGACAACACGGGCCUCAAGGGCGCGACGGCUGAAUGGGCCCGCGAAGUGUUGGAGCGAUCCCCCGACCCGGAGAUUGUGGAGUUCGUCGACGAUGGCGAGGAUGAGGAGGCAGCGUUUCGGGAGUGGUUGCCGCGGUGUACGCAUGUGGUGUGGGCGGUUGGCUAUGAGCGCGGCCCGAUUCCAAGGGUGUAUGUGGAGGGAAGGAGGGUGGAUGGGAGUCUGGAGUUUGAUAUGCGGUCGUCGGGGUUUAGGGUCCGGGGGUGGGAGAGUGAGGAGGUGAAAGGGCUGUAUGGCACGGGGAUCGCGUUUCCGGAGGAGGUCGAGGAUCCGGAGGGCCAUGUGGAGGCUGCUGUGGGCGUGGCGAAGUUUGUGGCGUUUACGCAGAGGGUUAAGGAGGGGUGGAUGGGGAGGGGUGGGGAUGUGUGA